AUGUGCUUCAACACCCAGGAGGAAAUUGUUUCUUACCACCCUUUUCAUGCUUCUUGUUCUGCUGCUUCCACUGUUACUGGAACUCCUUCUACCACAGUCUGGAUUAAAUCUUCCAGAAAUUCUGGGCCCGAAUCUUCAGAACAAGCACAGGCCAAGCUGACACCAAUGCAGGAAUACCAAAUCAAAGGAAUGCAGAUGGGAAAACUGCCCUGCAACCACACUCUCAAACUACCGACCAAUCACCUGGGCCAAGAGACUCUCAAGGCACAACUUCGAAGCACCAACUACAACACCGGAUCCCCAGUACACCCUAGAAGAGUUAGUAACAUGAAUCAGACAACAAUUUAUGAAAUUUAUCUCCGAGGCUUUGAAAACAUUCAGACUUUUAAAGGAUUCUUAUUUGUUCUCUUCCUCGUGAUAUUUAUGGUUACAUUAAUUGGGAACCUGCUCAUCAUCAUUGCUGUGUCAACAAGUUAUCGUCUCCAAUCUCCCAUGUUCUUUUUUCUAGGUCACUUAUCAUUUUCUGAUAUGUUACUAACUACAAACAUUGUCCCAAACAUGCUAUAUUUAAUACUGCUAGAUGGUGCAAUUGUUUCUAUUUCAGCAUGUAUCUCUCAGUUUUUCUUUUAUGGUGUUUCAGCAACCACUGAAUGUCUUCUUCUCACUGCAAUGUCCUAUGAUCGCUACAUUGCUAUUUGUAAUCCCCUGCAUUACAGCACUGUAAUGGAUCUUCGGCUUUGUCUCUAUCUGAUUAUAUGGUCAUGGUCUCUAGGUUUUGUAAUAACAUUAAUUCCACUGUUUUUUUUGAGGAUGCUCUGGUUUUGUGGGCCAAAUAUUAUUGAUCACUUCUUUUGUGAUCUUGGUCCUCUUUUGGAACUCUCUUGUUCAGAUACAACCAUAAUCAAAUAUGAAGUAUUUACAUUCUCUAGUCUUUUAACAAUUGUUCCAUUUAUUUUUAUCUCAGUAACCUACAUAAACAUUUUUCUUACAAUCAUGAGGAUCCCUUCCAUCACCGGUAAGCAGAAAGCCUUCUCCACCUGUAGCUCUCACUUGACUGUAGUCUGCACAUAUUAUGGUGCACUUUUUGCAAUGUAUGUUGUCCCAUCUAGAGGUUACUCCCUAAACAUCAACAAAGUUGUUUCUCUGAUGUACACUGUGGUGACACCAUUGUUCAACCCUAUUAUUUAUAGUUUAAGAAAUCAGGAAAUCAAGGCAGUUCUGCUGAAAUAUCUUUGGAUAAAAAGAUCAAAAAUGUAA